CAAGCCUGAGGCGCUAUAGAACAUUCCGUAGAAGAGAGGAGGAGAGGUCAUGUACCAUAUGUGCGUUGAACCUCUAUCCGUAGAUAUACAUGCCUCUCAUGCCUAUUCGCACCGUAGAGCCGGUCGCUGUUAGCAGCAGCGCAGCACUGGCAUCAAUUGCAUACUUACCCAGUCAUUUAACACAAAUCCUUGCUCAGUCCUCACGAUCAUUUAUCAUUUCGCACGCAAUGCAGCAUUCGCUUUCGCUCGCUUUCUCACACGUAAUUCCUGCAAAACUCGGACGGAAUACCAAAAAUUACGCCAUUGGACGCAGGCGACAUACCCUUGGGCGCCGCAGCCGCGACAAUGUUGUUUUUCUUUCUUUUUUUCUUGGAGCGGCUCCAUGGCUGGUGGCAUUAUACAUAUUCUAAGAAGACAUUAGAAGGAUGCAGGAGGGGCGAGGGGCCUCUUGUUGUGUGCUUGGUCCUAUCGGAAAAAAGAGCCGCAGCGGGUAGUGUACUAACUCAUAAAUCAGUCCUCGCGGAGGAAGACAGUCAUUCCUCCGUAAUCAGUAGUUUACUACCAAUGCAUCUAGUUGUAUAGAGUGCUUCCUUGGGCAUAAAAUCAAUUCUCUUUGACUC